UUUUGCAGUUGGUAAAACCGGUCUUAGACUGCUAAUGAGAAAAAUGUAUGUACGCAUGGGCAGGAUAGGGAAAAGUGGAAAGCACUGCAGAGUUUGAAAAGGGCAGCCAGUAUUUGGUGAGUGGUAUCCUUGAGACUGCCCAGGCAGUUUCCUUCAAGAGGCAUGGCCAGGCUGGAGGGGUGUUGGAGCACUUAGGACUUGGUUUGUGCUAUUAACGCCAAUACGGUAAUAGUGUUUCUUUAGAAUUACAUGAAACUGGUGUAAAAUCCAGACAUUUAGAACAGUCACCCAUAUUUUGGCUGCUUUUACCAGUGAGUGGAAAUAGAAGAUUAAUUUUCAAAUGGAAUGUUAUUUCUCACGUCUUUGCUGUUCUACUUUGAUGUCAGAGGUGCUGAUUUCAGUGACUCAAGAAGAAUACAUACAUUGAAGCUUGGGACAAAAUGAAUAUCUAAUUUCUGUGGCAAAAUUAAAGAGCUGCUAUGGCAGUGAAGAAAGAGACUGAAUUUAUCAUUUUCACCUAAAGAAAGAUGAUAGACAAAAAUCAAACCUGUGCUGCAGGACAGGAUUCUGUGCACUAUAUGUUUUGUCUGGUCCACAUACUCGAAGAAUGGUUUGGCGUGGAGCAGUUGGAGGACUAUUUGAAUUUUGCAAACUAUCUCUUGUGGGUUUUUACGCCACUGAUACUUUUAAUACUUCCUUACUUUACUAUCUUUCUUCUCUACCUGACUAUUGUUUUCUUACACAUUUAUAAGAGGAAGAAUGUGUUAAAAGAAGCCUAUUCUCAUAAUUUAUGGGAUGGUGCCAGGAAAACUGUGGCCACCCUGUGGGAUGGACAUGCAGCGGUUUGGCAUGGUUACGAAGUUCACGGGAUGGAAAAAAUACCAGACGAUGGACCAGCACUUAUAAUUUUUUAUCAUGGAGCUAUUCCCAUAGAUUUUUACUAUUUCAUGGCUAAAAUUUUUAUCCAUAAAGGCAGAACUUGCCGAGUUGUUGCUGAUCACUUUGUCUUUAAAAUUCCAGGGUUUAGUUUAUUACUUGAUGUAUUUUGUGCUCUCCAUGGACCAAGAGAAAAAUGUGUAGAAAUUCUGAGGAGUGGUCACUUGCUAGCUAUUUCACCAGGUGGAGUUCGAGAAGCCCUAAUUAGUGAUGAAACCUACAACAUAGUAUGGGGUAAUCGUAAAGGCUUCGCUCAGGUGGCAAUCGAUGCAAAAGUGCCCAUCAUUCCUAUGUUUACACAAAAUAUUCGAGAAGGAUUUAGAUCACUUGGAGGAACAAGAUUAUUUAGAUGGCUUUAUGAAAAAUUCCGUUAUCCAUUUGCACCGAUGUAUGGAGGUUUUCCAGUGAAGUUACAUACUUAUUUAGGUGACCCCAUUCCCUAUGAUCCAAAGAUCACAGCAGAAGAAUUAGCUGAAAAGACAAAGAAUGCUCUUCAAGCUUUGAUCGAUAAGCACCAAAGAAUACCGGGAAACAUUAUGAGUGCUUUAUUAGAACGUUUUCAUAAAAAGCAAAAGGUCAACUAGAAUAUGAUUUAAUAUAUUUAUACAUUUAUAUUAAUAUGUUUGGUUCUAUAGUACUGUCUUCUAAAUUUUGUAGGUUCUAUAAUUAGUAUUUUUUUAAAAAUCAUGUUAGUAGGCCUCUGUCAUAGAACUUGUUUAAAAAUUGUAUUGUCUUUUGUUUUUUGCAAUCAAUUGUGUCAAAUUUAAACAAUAACUCGUUACAUGCCUAAUAAUUCAGAAAAGAUCAUAUUUCAUUUGUAAAUUCCUAAUGUAUGAUAUAACAUAUGGAUUCUUAAAGUUAGGUUUGUUAAUAAUCGCAAUCUAGUUUAAACAAACAUUCGUGAAUAAUGCUUCUAUUUCUGUAUCUGUUGAACUGAGCUAAUUUUGGAGAUGGUAUAACUUAAGUACAGACACUUAAGUCAGGAAGAAAAAUCCUUUUUUUUUUAAUCUGCCCUUCAUUCCUUGCGUGUCUCUGGGCAAGCCACUUAAUGUUUUCGUGCCUCAGCAAUACACUUUUUUAAACUUAAUACCAUGGUGAGGAAUAUCAUUUAAAGUUCUUUAUAUUUGCUGUGAUUAAUAACUGUAGAACUGAAAUUUUAGUUAAACAAUACCAAAAUCUUUUAGAAGUUUAUAUAUUCUGUAGAAUAUUUAAAUUAUUCCUUCAGAUAUGAUGUCCAGUUGCCAAGCACAAUGAAAAAGAUGUAUUGUUUUCCAAAUUGGAUAAAAAAGAAAUUAGGAGGAGAACAUUUCUAAUUACUGUUAUUUUUAGUAUUUAUUAUAUUUUUAAUAAGAUUCUAUGUACAAAAAAUUAUAGGGUAUGCUGUUCAUUGUCAGUCCUAUAAUAUGGCAUUUAAUAGUCUAAGGUUAAAAAUCACUGUCGUGCUCUGCAGUUUGUAUGUUAGAAACUGAUUCUAGGUUGAUGGAAGUAGAGCUAAAGAAAGCUCUGUUCAAUAUCAUGGCUUAUUCAAUUUGACUUUGCAACUAGUCAAAUGGUUUAUAGUUUCGGUAAAAAUAACUUGAAUAAUGAAUUUAAGUGACUACAGAGUGCUCUGAAAAUUUGAUGGCUUUUGAUUUGUUGUCUCCUUGAAAAUUGAAUUUAUUAAGUAUUUAAACAGAAAGUAUCAGAAAUCAAGAGCAGUAUAUCCCUACCCCCUUAUAGAUGUUAUUUGGAUUUUUAUAUAGAUUUUUGUAUUAAAAGUGUGUAUUUAUGAUAUGUGUAAUGUGUAUAAAAUGAAACAAUUUGAAUAUAAAGGAAAAUUGAAAUGAAAUCCAUUUUCGUGUGAAAUUGCAGGUGUGCCAUUUUCUUAUUUUAAACUGAUUUUUUUUACUUUUACUGUCUAUAUAUUUCCUACCCAUAAUCAUAUCCUUUUAUCUCAGCCACAAUAAAUAAACCUGACUUUCUAAUAUAAUAAAUACAUUUUAAUUUCAAUUUUAAUGAGAAGAGUCAAUUAACGAUCAUUUAUAGCUUUUUUUCCCUCUCUGUAGUGUGCGGUGUUUGGUUAAAAAAUGAUAAAUAUUCCAGAUUGAAUAAAUAUAUGAUCAUGAAAGCAAUGAGAAAAUGUAUUUUAGGCAGCCCUUGGGUUUUAAAGACUUAAAAAAUAAAAGCAUUCCUUGCUGAAGUAGUAAAAGGUAUUAUUUCUAUAUUACGGUAUUUAAAUUUUACCA